AUGCAUCUCAGCAAAAGCUCAUGUCUUUGUACGAUCAUCGUUGCAGCAGAAGCUCUCUCGUCCUCGGAAUGGCGGUCUCAAUCAAUAUACCAAGUCAUGACUGACAGGUUUGCUCGCACUGACGGAUCUACCACAGCCUCUUGUGAUCUGGGAGACUACUGUGGCGGCACAUGGAAAGGGCUAAUCAAUCAUCUGAGAUACAUUCAAGACAUGGGCUUCACAGCGGUCUGGAUUUCCCCGGUUGUAGAGAAUGUCAAUGGCUCUACAGCUGACGGCUCGAGCUAUCAUGGCUACUGGGCGCAAGACAUAUAUGCCGUCAACACCAACUAUGGCUCCGCUGCUGAUUUAGUGUCGCUUUCCGACGCCUUGCACAAAAGAGGAAUGUUCUUAAUGGUUGAUAUAGUCACAAACCACAUGGCCUAUGUGGGCUGUGGUGAUUGCGUGGACUACUCGAAGUUUACUCCGUUCGACAAGGAGUUUUAUUAUCACCCCUUCUGUCUGAUAGACUACAACAAUCAGACCAGCAUGGAGUCGUGCUGGGCUGGUGAUAACAUCGUCUCACUACCAGAUCUCAGGGUCGAAGAGUCCGACGUACAAGAGAUGUGGGCAAUAUGGAUCAAGCAGCUAGUCGCGAACUACACGAUUGAUGGUCUCCGCAUUGACAGUGCAUCCAGUGUCAGCAAAGGCUCAUUGAAAGAGUUCGAAUCAGCAGCAGGCGUCUACGCCAUCGCGGAAGUCUUCAACAACAAUCCAGACUACACCUGUGCCUACCAAGACUACAUAUCUGGCUUGAUGAAUUACCCAAUGUACUACAACAUCACCUCAGCCUUUAGCUCCACGAACGGCGACAUUAAAGAGCUAGAACGAGGAGUCAACACCAUGAAGUCUACUUGCAACGACGUAACGCUUCUCGGCUCCUUUAUUGAGAACCACGAUAAUCCUCGCUUUCCGUCAUUGACUUCUGACAUGGCGUUGGCGAAGAAUGCAAUUGCGUUUCAGAUGCUUGCUGAUGGCAUACCAAUCAUUUACCAAGGCCAAGAACAGCAUUUCUCUGGCUCUUCGACACCGAAGCAGAGGGAAGCGCUGUGGACAUCUGGGUACAACACUGCUGCUUCGUUAUACGGCCAUAUCGGUAAACUCAAUGCUAUUCGUAAACAAGCUAUGAAGAACGACGAUGGGUAUUUGACAUACAACGCAUACCCUGUUUGGGCUGACGACCACACCAUCGUCAUGAGAAAGGGAAAUAACGAUACCCAAGUCAUUGGUAUAUUUAACAAUCUUGGCUCUUCGGGAAAUGCGAGUUUUGAUUUACUGGCCACGAGUUCUGGAUUCGAUGCUGGGAUGAAUGUUACAGAUGCAUUGACUUGUAUAAAAUCCGCUACUGAUGAGUCUGGAGAUUUGAAAAUUGAGAUCAAGGGUGGCUUGCCGGUGGUUCUGUACUCGACUAAACGGCUUGAGGGAAGUGGGUUGUGUGAUGGUUGA